CUAAAACUUGAGCAUUUGCUGAUAAACCUCCAGAGACAAGAGCUGAACACAGGGGAACAAGUGACACUGCAAUGAAAGGUGACGCUGCCAAAGCGUGCGUCCUGAAUGGCAUCAGCCAAGCCAACGACCAGAAGCCCCCCUCGGAGGAGAAGAUGGAGGAGCGGGGCCAGUGGGGCAACAAGAUGGAGUUCAUUCUGUCAGUCGCCGGCUCCAUCAUCGGCCUGGGCAACAUGUGGCGCUUCCCUUACCUCUGCUACAAGAAUGGAGGAGGUGCGUUCCUCAUCCCCUACUUGAUCUUCCUGUUCACCUGCGGCGUGCCCGUCUUCUUCCUGGAGGUCGCCCUGGGCCAGUACACCAGUGAGGGAGGCAUUACCUGCUGGAGGAAAAUCAGUCCGCUGUUUGAAGGUCUUGGCUAUGGCACCCAGGUGAUAGUGACUCUGUUGAACUUCUACUACAUCAUUGUUCUUGCCUGGGGCAUUUUCUACCUGUCCUACUCCUUUUCUUGGGACCUGGCCUGGUCGAACUGCAACAACACCUGGAACACAGGUAACAAGUGCACUUCAAAAUAUAUGAGAAAUUCCAACAAUCUUUUUGAUACGUUUGAGAAUAACUACAUUGUGCUCUUUUUUCCCCCCACAGAAAACUGUGUGGGGUUACAUAGGAGAAACAUCUCAAUCGAACAAACAUUCAACCCAAAUGCCACCUCUCCCGUCAUCGAGUUCUGGGAGAGAAGGGUGCUGAGGAUUUCCUCUGGCCUGGACCACAUGGGCGCUAUGAACUGGGACCUGGCCCUGUGUCUGUUCAUCGCCUGGGUCAUGUGCUACUUCUGCAUCUGGAAGGGGGUGAAAUCCACAGGAAAGGUGGUCUACUUCACCGCUACCUUCCCCUAUCUGAUGCUGAUUGUGCUGUUGAUCAGAGGGCUCACCCUGCCUGGGGCUGCGAUCGGGAUCCAGUUCUACCUUUAUCCAGACCUGGGACGCCUGUCAGACCCACAGGUGUGGAUGGAUGCUGGCACCCAGAUCUUCUUCUCAUACGCCAUCUGUUUAGGGUCACUGACUGCUCUGGGAAGCUACAACAAAUACAACAAUAACUGUUACAGAGACUGCAUGGCGUUGUGCUUUCUGAACAGUGGCACCAGUUUUGUGGCGGGCUUUGCAAUCUUCUCCAUCCUGGGUUUCAUGUCCUUUGAGCAGAAUGUUCCCAUCUCAGAAGUAGCAGAAUCUGGUCCUGGUCUGGCCUUCAUAGCUUACCCUCGCGCUGUGAGCAUGAUGCCUUUCUCUCCUGUGUGGGCCGCCCUCUUCUUCAUCAUGAUCGUCUUUCUGGGGCUUGACAGUCAGUUUGUGUGUGUCGAGAGCCUUGUGACGGCGAUAGUCGACAUGUACCCCGCUGUGUUCAGACGUAAAAACCGCCGGGAGCUCUUCCUGUUAGGUGUGGUCUUCGUCUCCUUCUUCAUGGGCCUCAUCAUGCUGAUGGAGGGAGGAAUGUAUGUUUUCCAGCUCUUUGAUUACUAUGCAGCCAGUGGCAUGUGUCUCCUCUUCAUGUCCAUCUUUGAAACCGUCUGCAUCGCAUGGGUCUAUGGUGCUGAUCGCUUUUAUGACAACAUUGAGGACAUGAUUGGCUACAGGCCAGGACGUUACAUCAAGUACUGUUGGUUGUUCAUCACCCCAGCCACGUGCAUUGGUACCUUUGCCUUCUCUCUCAUCAAAUACACCCCUCUAAAGUACAACAACGAGUAUGUGUACCCUUGGUGGGGUUAUUUCAUCGGCUGGCUGCUCGCCCUCUCCUCCAUGGUCUGCAUUCCACUUUGGAUGGUGUACAAGAUCAGCACCACCCAAGGAACGUUCAGAGAGCGCAUCCAGUUGCUCAUCACGCCAUCGGACGACUUACCCAAAACCAAGAGAGAGCAGGAGAGGUUACUGGCCAUCUUUGCUCCGGAGGGAGAAGCUACCAUAACAGAAAACGGCUACUAUCCUGUCUCAGAGACAGACUCCAACUUAUGAGGCCCCAGUGGUUAUGUGUAUGAGAAAGACAUGUGGGUUUUUGUUCCAUUCUUGACUUGCUGCACCCUCACCUCCAUCCCAAAGAUUGCUGCAGGGAAAGCUCACAAUUAAGUGUCACAUCAUCAUUUUAAUUUAUAACAGAUAUGGAGGACUAUGGAGUUAAUAGGCUUACAGUUUGUUGGGUUUGGCCGUGACUGUACAUUUCAGGGAUGGCAGUAAUGUGGAAAAAAAAGGAUAAUGAAAAAUUAUUAUAAAUGGACAAGGGCCAAUUCAGGGACAAAGUUAUUUACUCUACUCAAACUAAAAUCUAUUAAAACAUUGGCAUAUAUUGUUCAGCUCUGCAUUUCACGGAUGAUUUCAAUGAACUGAUUCAAGGUCAGCUGAAAUUUACGAGUCAGCCUGGUUGAGGAAAAUGUUACAUUUUUAUAAAGGAGGUUAAUGCUCUUUUCGUGUCACUCAAAGGUGGCAAUUGUAAAGACAGACACACAGGUUCCACUAAAAGCUUAAGAAUAAAUGCCUUAGUUUGCAUAAUAAGAAUAAAGUGUGUGUAAAUGUAACACAGGUUAACCAUUUGUUACCGCUACAUGUAAGAUACUCUUUGAAGUCUCCUUGCAUAUCUGACAUUGCUUCAUGGCUACUUAGCCUUAUUUGUAUCAUAUAUUGUAUUAUCAUAACUGAUUGGGGAAAGUUUCCAUUUUGUAUUUACAAGAAUUAAAAUAAAAUGUUGUGUUUCACAUGAAUAGGCUGUGUAAUGAAAAGGAUAUGUCAGUGAAAAGUAUAAUAAGGUAACACUGUAGUAGCUG